ACAGGUAGUCUUAUCUGUCAGUAGAGUAUCACAACAAAUGAUAUUCAACAAUACAAACAUUGUAGUUGAAAUAAAAAAGUGAUAAUGUUGUCUUAAACUGUUGAAACAUUUAUGGCCGUAUCGAAAUGGAUAAAUUGACUUCUAUCAGUGCGGCAUUGUUCAUGGCAGCCGAUGUUUGUGCCAUAGUUAGUCUUGCAAUGCCAGAUUGGAUUGUAACCAGUGUGGGUGGAGAAACUCGUCUUGGGUUGAUGUGGAGUUGUAUGACACUGUACAACCGACCUCAGGUUUGCUUCACACCAGAGCUACAGCCCGAAUGGUUGAUUGCCCUCAUCUGCAUUUUCGUGGGCUGUAUAUGCAUCACGACUACUAUCAUUCUACUUGCUUCCAGUAAUUGGGACCGGAAUGUGAUACCCUAUGCCAGAUGGGUUGGCUUUACUGCAAUGGUUCUGUUUUGCCUGGCUGCUGUGAUAUUUCCUCUUGGGUUUCAUGUAGAUGAAAUCGGAGGCCAACCGUACCAUUUGCCUCAUUCGCACCAGGUUGGAAUUUCCUACAUAAUGUUUGUACUGGCUCUCUGGAUAACAGUAAUCUCGGAAUUGUUUGCGGAAAAGGUUUGCUUACCGCAAUUUUAAAGCGAGUUGUAAUUCGUUAUCGCACGCAGUAUUCAAUAAACAAAAUUCGUAGUUUCUAUGUGCUGGGAUUGGUAUUAUUUGAAUCCUGUUCUAUUCAUAUUUUCUGCUAGUUUUAAGCGACAAUUAAACGUUAAGUGUGUGAUAUUACUGUGAACAAA